CUCCCCUCCCCACCCCCUCUCCCUUCCUCUCCCGGCCUGCGCGCGCGUGUCUUCCUCCAGCACGCGCCGCCGCAAGCCAGGCACUCUCGCCGGAGCCUCUGGCCCGCGCGUUCCUUUUCCCCUCCAGCUGCGGAGCCGACGGGAUUCUGCACCGCCGUCGCGGCAGCAGCUGCAGCCCCGGCAGCCUCGAGCGGCGGGAGCAGCGCGCGAUCCCCCCAGGCGGACCGUACCACCGCCCGCCAGCUCGCGGGGGGAACCGCCCGCCCCGCCACACACGCCUCGGCGACCCCGCCGGGCUGAGGCGUCGCCGCGCCCGGGAGCGUGAGCGCAGAGCCGGCCUCGACCCCGAGCUCGGAGUCCCGCGGGCCGCGCCCGCCGCUGGCCCCACCCAUCCGGGCCGUGGAGGCUGCGGCCAUGGCCGAGACGGAGGAGCGAAGCCUAGAUAACUUCUUCGCCAAGAGGGACAAGAAGAAGAAGAAGGAGCGGAGCAGCCGGGCGGCGAACGCCGCGGGAGCGGCGGGCGGCGCCGGCGGGAGCAGCGGAGCCGCGGGCGCGGCGAGCGGCGGGGCGGGAGCGGGGGCCCGGCCGGGCGACGGCGGGACCGCAGGCGCGGGGGCCGCGGGCCCCGGGGCCGCCACCAAGGCCGUGACUAAGGAUGAAGAUGAGUGGAAAGAAUUUGAACAAAAAGAGGUUGAUUACAGCGGCCUCAGAGUUCAGGCGAUGCAAAUAAGUGAAAAGGAAGAAGAAGAUAAUGAAAAAAGAGAAGAUCCAGGUGACAAUUGGGAAGAAGGUGGAGGUGGUGGUGGUGGUGUCGAAAAAUCUUCCGGCCCCUGGAAUAAAACCGCUCCGGUACAGGCACCUCCUGCUGCAGUAAUUGUUACAGAAACCCCAGAACCAGCGAUGACUAGCGGUGUGUAUAGGCCCCCUGGAGCCAGGUUAACCACGACAAGGAAAACACCGCAAGGCCCACCAGAAAUCUACAGUGACACACAGUUCCCGUCCCUGCAGUCCACUGCCAAGCAUGUAGAAAGCCGGAAAUACUGAGCCUUCGUAAGGGCUGACUACCUCAGGUUUGCUGCACUCGUCGCGGACUUCUUGUGGAUCACAACUUCUGGACACGAAGGUUACAGCUAGUAAGUGUCGGUGUGAAGCUUGAAACCAGCUCUCCUGGAUUCCUAUCAAAUCCUGCAGAAAGUCAGCCAUCUCGGUUCUGAUCUGCUGUAAAAGAUGAAGAUUUAAGUGACCUUAAUUAACCUGUCCUGUGCCCCACCCUUAAGGAAUACUCUGUAGUGGGCUGUGUUAGACUUCCUGGAACGUGCCGCUCUCAAAAGAACUCCUGUGUUCAGAUAAUCUGUGUAGUUGGGCUGUGAUUUUAUAAUUUAAACUUUGAGUUGUAUCCUGGGGUAACCAUAAGUUAAAUUCAACCAAACUUGGGUCCACCCAGUGGGAAAGGGGGUGGGGGGAGUGAUCUUUCUUCUUUUAGUGAUUUCUUAUUAUUAUUUGGGUAGUGCUUUUUCUGUGUUCCACAUUAAGGCCUUUUUUUUUUUUUUUUUUUUUUUUUUUUUUUUUGGGAAUAAGUUCUUUGACAGAGCAUAUUGCUUGGUUGAAUAAGUAACCUGAAAUAUGCGUUAGGAUUGUGAAACGUCUCGUGAAAUUUGCCAAUCCCUAGAGUGGAACCAAAUAGCCUUUGAUGUAAAGGGCAGUGGAUGCAGGGGGCUCUCCUUCAGGUGCUGCUAAAGCCUCCUCUGAUCAGGUCUAAACUGUACAGUAAACUGCAGUGGAAAGAGUAAGGGCUCUGCUCAGGCCGCGUGAUUCACUGACCUGUCCUUAUAAAUCCAGAGCAACGUGAGCAGAACCUUCACCUAAAACCCACUUGGGUUUUCACGGAUCUUGCGUGAUCUUUGACAAGAUUUCCAGAUACACUUGUGCCCAAAUUGUUAAGGUAUUGGACCUUCCGUAGAUGCAAUGACUGUGCCAGCUUAGCUCUGUUCUCAACCUUUUGGUAUGUCUGUGUUCGUUUGAAGAGUCAGGGGCGAGAGGGACAGGUGAUGUAGCACUUCUGUUUUUAAUAAUUACAGCUUAAACUAUCCAGUAAUUUUUAGUCCUUAAAGGGACUUCAGGAAGCUACCCAGGAUUACUGAGAAGUCUUUCCAUCUAAUGAGAUAGUCUGGCAAUUUACUAGUUUUGUAUCUUUGGUUCAAUAGAAAUACUUCAAAGUGGUAUGUGACUGCUUGAUGCAGAGUCUGGGUUUCUCUAUAAUAAAUCCCUUUGCCAAAUGCAGGAGUUGCAGACUUGCUACUGGCAAGAGUGAAGCAAACGAGCGAGUAGAGCGAGUAGAACUAUUCCUGUGUGGGGGCAUCUCCUAUGGGAGUUUAGUCUGAUGAAAGUGUCAGUGCAGGAAUCAGCUCCUGGGAGUUGACAGUAUCUCCUGACAGGACCUGCCCACCACACCUGGGCCCUAACGGCGUUGUUGGAGGCGGCAGGCAGGAUGCCUGGCCUCUGGUGUAUUGGGGUGAGUAGCUGAGCCAGCCAAGGAGAGGUUGGAUGAUUAAGCAAGAAACAAGGGAUUCUUGGUUAAACUGAAGACUUCGUUUGGGAACCAAAAAUCUUAACAAAUAGUCUCUUGGACCUUGAGCCACAUAUUUCCCCUGAAAAGUAUGCAUUUUUUUUCCAGCAAAAUUUUGUUGGGGGUUACGUUAUUGAGGAAUGAACUGAGAUGAAUAUGCGCAACUUUUAUUUAAUGGCAUACUACGCUAGAAAUCUGAAGACCUGCGGGAGAUAUAAAGUUCCAACUCUUGUUAUAACUUUUUAAAAGAUUGUGAAAUUAUAAAAAUGCACAUGAAUCAAGUUUUAAUAUACUGUAUGAUGGGUGGGUGAGGCUGUCCAUUGUACCAUUUCUUUCUUUGAAUUCUCAGGCAUGGUUUGGCAGUGCAAGAACUCUGUAACAUUAACAAAUUCAAUAAAAAGUAAAUAUAUGGA